UUCACUCUUUCAUCAGAUCGGUGGUGCGCGAUCCUUGACUCAUGCUAUUUUUUAUUUACCACCAGUGAAAUACAACAGCUGCUGAAGUGGUCGUCCAGCCUUUUUAUGUUCAAUUUAUUAUAAUUAAAUUUGAUUAUAUGAUUUGUGGACACACAGACAGUCGCAAAAGUUUCCAGCGAGGAGCAAAGUGUUUGAAUUUUGGUGACGGUGACGGACGAAUACGGAACAAAUCAGCUGGUGGCCGCCGGGAGAUAUUCUGCGCAUCCAGCCCAAUGGAUGCACUGUUCCUAUUGCAGAACGAGUAUUGUCACGACGCGUAAUCGUCAUGAAUAUAUUGAUUGUAGCGGAGUCGAUCAUCCGAUAAGCUGGCGAACGGGUGGAAAAAGUGAGGCAAUAAAAAGACGGUGAAUUGAUAAGCCGCACAGUACAAGGUGUUGUCGGGGAAAGAGAUAAAGCAGGGCAAUCAACAUGAGUGCCGAAAAUUCGGAUAAAUCGGAUUCAGUCGGUACCAUGGGUCCGGGCGGUGUUAGCAAGGUCUGCAGCGUCUGCGGGGACAAAGCGCUGGGAUAUAAUUUCAACGCGAUGACCUGCGAAAGUUGUAAGGCAUUCUUCCGCAGAAAUGCCCUCUCGACCAAGGGUUUUACCUGUCCGUUUAGCGAGAGUUGUGAAAUUACGGUAAUAACCAGACGGUUCUGUCAGAAGUGCCGUCUAGAAAAGUGCUUUCAAAUCGGAAUGAAAAAGGAGUACAUCAUGUCCGAAGAGGAUAAGGCGCUGAAACGACGUAAGAUAGAACAAAACAGAGCUAAAAAACGUAUGAUAAACGAAAGCGGCGGUAGCAGUGGUAGUGGCGGUGGUAACUCUAACGACGGAAUAGCUACUCUAACUGGAGAUGGAGGAGUUAUGAUGGAGUCAGAUUUACCGAUGAAGAUUAAGCGAGAGGGAGGAAGUGAUUCCGAUUGCUGGAGUAAUUCACCCACGGAUUACAUUACUGCGGAGAUGAUGCACAGAACCGCUACCGCUAUGACCGGUUUGGCAGUGCCGAAUGUGAAUGUAUUCAACGGUGUGCCUACGGCGAAUGACAUCAGUAAUUCAUCAGCCUCAUCACAUAAUUUGACUCACGCGCAGGUCGUUGAUGGGGACCUCUUAUCAGUAAUAUCAGCGUUGCCAUCUCAGUCCGCUGAUUGUUCGACGCAAUCAAAUCAGAGCGGUAAUGAGCCACUGCUACAGGUGCUAUCGCUGGAAUCUAGCGCGGAAGAAAUUGUUAAUCGCAUCGUUAACUAUCCCACGCAUGCGAGUCAAACGAUCGCCACUUUGAUGAAAACGCCAAAAGACGCUGUUUUCAUCAUGUCCAAAGUCAUUAACUCGCAGUGUGACGCUUUGAAGCUGAUAUCGCACUUUAUCACUGCACCUGGUGACGCUCUGCAAAUCAUCAGCAAGAUAAUGAACUCUCCGCUAGACGCCCUGACAGUAUUCGCGCAGUUUAUGAGCUCACCAACCGAUGCACUUCAAAUUAUUGGUAAGAUUAUGAGUUCCCCGGCUGAAGUUCUUCAUUUUAUGCAACAGUUGAUGCAUCAACCGGAGGACGCUGUUCAGAUCAUGAACAAAUUUAUGAACGCUCCAGCGGAAGCUCUGCAGAUGAUAAACAAAAUGAUGAACAAUUCAGACGUAAUCGAAACCAUCAAGGAAGCGGCCGAUACGUCCCAGCAGGAUGAAGACGACCCUCGCACAGAGACUAUCAGAUCUCUUAUAAUGGACUCGCAGACGAUUUCCGCGACACACAGCGAAAACGCGUCUCCAUCCUCUACUUCGCAUCACUGCGAACCAACCUCGCCACCUUUCGACACAUUCCUGCCAGGUACAAUUCCAGAAGAACCGACCAGCGAACGGCCCGCUUCCGCACAGUCGGACGUUAAUCUGUUCCAGGACAUAGAAGGACGGUCCAUUCUACCGAACACGCUGGAAUCCAUUCUGAUGCAGGCGAUACGACUGGAGUACGAAGGCAACAACGGCAGCACGUUGGGAUCAUCCGGAGCGUCAUCGUCAUCCGCGAGCCAACAGCAACCAAUCGCAAACAGUAUUGAGCUUAACGACGCGGAACGGGCAAAGCUGAAUGAGCUGAUCGUGGCCAAUAAGGCACUGUAUGCGCCGGUUGAUGAGGAUCUGGCAUCGCUCAUCUCCGAAGAUUGCCGAAUUAAGUCCAAUCAAAACCAGCACGACCCGUUGCUGCUGAAGGUCAUCAACUUGACGGCGAUCGCCAUCCGGCGAUUGAUCAAGAUGUCCAAGAAGAUCAGUGCAUUUAAGAAUAUGUGCCAGGAGGAUCAACUGGCUCUGCUGAAGGCCGGCUGCAUGGAGAUGAUGAUUCUCAGGUCGGCGAUGCAGUACGACUGUGAUAGAGCCAGUUGGAAAAUUCCCCACAGCCAGGAAGAGAUGUCUAACAUCCGGGCGGACGUCUUGAAGCUAGCUAAGGGUAAUGUGUACCAGGAGCACGAACGAUUCAUCCGUACCUUCGACAAGAAGUGGCGCUCAGAUGAGAACAUAAUCCUAAUAAUGUGUGCCAUAACACUGUUUUCACCCAAUCGGCCGAAAACGGUACAUUCCGAUGUGAUAAAGCUAGAACAGAACUCGUACUAUUACUUGCUUCGCCGGUACCUGGAAAGUAUCUAUCCGGGCUGCGAGGCACGGUCGAUAUUUUUGAAGUUGAUGCAGAAGAUUUCCGAACUGCAUCGGCUGAGUGACGAAAUUAUCAGCGUUUAUCUGGAUGUAAACCCAGCCCAGGUGGAGCCGCUGUUAAGGGAGAUAUUCGAUUUAAAAGUGCAUUAGGAAUAGAGGGCCGCUGAGCUUACAUUUAAGCAUCACAAAUUACGGUUAUUUCAUAGCUGGUUCUACUGAAAAUGAUUCUAGUUCCCGAUAGGUAGCUUUAAGUGCGUCUAGUGAAAGUUGUUGUAAAGCUUUAAUGAAUUUAGAGAAGUUAUGUAUUUAUGGAGUACUCUAUUUUAUAGCCUAGCGAGACAAAGCAAGACAGUACUACUGUUAGAUUAAUAAAUUAGAUUAAAAUUUACGUUUACACAGAGCGCUAUGUAGGCAACGAGCAAUUAUACAAAAUAAAUGGAUUGUUUAUUUUAUCACC